AUGGGAUUGAGGAAUAUGUUUGACGAAAUUGAUAAGAGUAAGAAGGGUGAUGUGACAGAGCUGCAUCAUUUGGAAUUUACUGCCGAUGCAGCUAACUUAGAUGAUCAACAUGAGGAAGAAGAACGUGUGAUUGGUGAAUAUAAUGCUGCCGAAGACGCUAAUGAGGCUAAUUCUGAAGAGCAAAAGAUGACACUUGCCCAGGCGUUGAGCCGAUAUCCAAAAGCGGCUUGUUGGUCUGUACUAGUAACGACAACUUUGGUCAUGGAAGGUUUUGACACAACACUGCUUAAUGCCCUAUUUGCAUUGCCUGUCUUUCAGAAAAAGUUUGGUACGUUAACGAAAGAGGGCGGUUACGAAAUCUCUUCUAAAUGGCAGAUCAGUUUGAAUAUGUGCGUCUAUGUGGGUGAGAUUAUUGGUUUGCAAAUGACUGGAUUUUUGGUAGAAUACAUGGGAAAUCGCCACACGAUGAUUAUUGCGCUAAGCUUGCUGACCGUUUAUAUCUUUAUCUUGUAUUUUGCCAACAGUUUGGCGAUGAUCGCUGUGGGACAGAUUCUCUCAGCUAUGCCCUGGGGCGCUUUCCAAGGAUUGGCCGUUGGAUAUGCGUCUGAAAUUUCUCCAUUAGCCUUGAGGUAUUAUGUGACCACCUACUCGAACAUCUGCUGGUUGUUUGGUCAAAUCUUUGCAUCUGGUAUUAUGAAAAAUUCUGAAAGAAAUCUGGCUGACUCUGAAAUGGGAUAUAAACUUCCUUUUGCUUUGCAAUGGUUAUGGCCUGUUCCUUUAGCUAUUGGUAUCUUCUUUGCGCCAGAGUCCCCUUGGUGGUUAGUCAGAAAGAAUAAGAUGGCUGAAGCAAAGAAAUCGUUGAAUAAAAUUCUAAGCGGUAAGGGACCUGAGAAGGAUAUCCAAGUCAACUUGACGUUAGAGCAAAUCAGACUAACCAUUGAGAAGGAGAGAGCAGAAAAAGCGAAUGCAAAGUCGUUCUUCGAUUGUUUCAGAUGUGUGGAUGGUAGGAGAACUAGAAUUACCUGCUUGACUUGGGUAGCUCAAAACACCAGUGGUUCAAUUUUGCUCGGUUAUUCAACCUAUUUCUUUCAAAGAGCAGGUAUGGCGACAAGUAACGCAUUCACAUUCUCGAUUAUUUCUUAUUGCUUGGGUUUAGUUGGAACAGUCUUCUCUUGGUUAAUCUCUAGCAGAUGGGGAAGAUGGACUAUUUUGACUGGCGGCCUUGUAUUUCAGAUGAUGACGCUGUUAAUUAUUGGUGGGUUAGGCUUCUCAAAGAGUCCCAAUGCUAGCUGGGGUAGCGGUGGUUUGUUGUUGGCUCUUUCUUUCUUCUAUAAUGCAGGUAUUGGUGCGGUUGUCUAUUGUAUAGUCGCCGAAAUGCCUUCACCGGAAUUGAGAACACAGACGAUUGUACUCGCACGUAAUUGUUACAAUAUGAUGGCUAUAAUCAACUCUGUUUUAACUCCUUAUAUGUUAAACGUGGAAGAUUGGAAUUGGGGUGCAAAAGCAGGUCUGUACUGGGGUGGCAUGAGUGCACUCACAUUAGCCUGGGUAGUGAUUGACCUACCCGAGACUUCUGGUAGGACAUUCAGUGAUCUAAAUGAACUAUUUGCUAGAGGUAUUCCAGCAAGGAAAUUUAAAUCCACUGUGGUUGAUCCUUUCGGAAACGGAAAAGUUGACGAUGAGAUACAGAACGAAGAUGAACUUCCUGAAUCAUCCCCAGAUUUUCCACAACAAGUGGAAGGCAAUGGUAAUAAAAGCUCGUCGGGACUGUAG